UACAGGCAUUUCUAAAGCUGCAGCUGGAGCAUUGUGGGUUCUAGCUAUGAAGGAAAACAAUAAUACAACAUUAACAGGGGGUCUCGAAGGGAGGAGUGGGUCAUAUGGAGGUCAUGUGAUGAUCAGUUACCAGUGGACAGACCAGAAGCUGGUGCUGAAGAUCAAGGAAUCACUGCGCCAGAAAGGGUACAAGAUCUGGAUGGAUGUUGAUGACAUGGAGGGGUCCAUGCUGCAGGCGAUGGCGGAGGCCGUUCAGAACGCUUCUGUUGUGUUGGUGUGUAUGUCGGAGAGGUACAAGCUGAGUCAGAACUGCAGGUCAGAGGCUGAGUAUGCUUUCUCGUUGGAGAAGAAGAUUGUCCCUCUUCUGAUGCAGAGGGCAUAUAAACCAGACGGAUGGUUGGGUAUGAUUAAAGGGACAAAACUCUUCUUCGACUUCAGCGGGAAGUACCCGUAUGAUCAGAAAUUAACUGAUCUUGUGAAGGAGCUUGGUGAACAUGGGAAGACUCAGCCGCUCACUGAUGAAAUUGAUGGUGAGACUAAGAUAGUUCCCGUUGUGAAAGCAGCUCCCCUUGCCGCUGCAAGAGGUCGGUCACUUGCUGACUGGUCAGUGAAGGAAGUCCAGAAUUGGCUCACGAAGACAGGAUUAACAAAUGACUCGUUGCUACGUAAAAUGACUGGGGAUGAUCUAUUGUUUCUGCGUGAAGUAUCUCACAGGGCACCCGAGUUUUACUUCAACUAUCUGCUGACUAAUCUUCAGCUGCCCUUUGAUGACCUCAAGAGGUUCAGCAGAGCUGUUGACAAACUGUGAAUCAUUAUCCCAACUGUGUGAAGUUUUGGGAUUAAUUAAUGUGUAUAACAUUACAAACUCUCAGAUGUAUCACUGGACGAAUACGUGGCAUAGGUUGACUUGCAGAUAGUAAUACAUGCCUGUGUAAUUGACAUUGUGUCUGCUACAUAUAGCACCGUUCGAAGUCAGUCUAAUCAUGUGUAAUAUAGUACA